AAUUGUUUUAUUUACCGUUCGCGUCUUGGGUACGAUCGAUGUUCGUUUUCCCCUCGGACUUCACCAUCGAGUCGUCAUUUCGUCUGCCUACUUUUAUUUUUCACUGGGCAUUCAUCGCAAAUACGAUGAGUGUCUGUUUUAUUUGUGAUGCAAAAUUGUACGGUGAACGUACACAGGUGUGUAGCAAUUCACCACAUACUGAUAUACCAUACCCACAAAAAAUUGCUGAGCUUUUGGGAGAUGAAGUUGUGGUCAUUGUAACCCCUGCUGAUCAGAUGUGUAAGAAAUGUACCUCACUUUUGAAUUAUUUGGAUAAGUCUGAAAUUGAUGUGAUGAAUGUCAAAAAUGCAAUUUUGUCAUUUUUACAAAAUAAAUAUGGUAAAUUGCUUCCUGAUCAGGCUGUUAAGGAUGUUGAUAUUGUCAGUGGACACUUAAAGGAACAAGAAAGACAAAAAAAUCAGGUCCAAACUCCAUUAACAUUGUUAAAAACACAACAACAGCAGCAGCAGCAACAACAACAACAACAACAACAACAACAACAACAACAACAACAACAACAACAACAACAACAACAACCAACACAAGUAGAACAAGGUCAGCAAAAAGUACCUAGUGGUCUGACAAUAGGAGUUUCUCCUGCUGCUGCUGUUGUAAUGCCGGUCCAAACUCCAUCAGAAUUGAUCAAAACACAAGAACAAAAAACGAAACAACAACAACAAAAGCAGCAGCAACAACAACAACCAUCAACGAAAGUAUACAAAUGCGGUUUAUGUAUAUUCCAAUCAAAAGUGCUAGAUCAUGUUCGAUUCCACAUGAACUCUCAUGUGAACGAAAAAGAGCCUGAAAAACCUAUUCUAAAUCAAGCAACUAAAGUAUUAACCCCGGCACCACAACAGAAGAAACAUAUCUAUAGAUGUCAAAUAUGUUCUGAAUCCUUUGGUAAUCGAAUUAAUUGCCUUGAUCAUAUUAUAAAAGAUCAUAUUCAUUUAACUCCAUCAACCUCAAAUGCAGAAAGAGGAACUGAAGAUUUUUGUCUGGUUGCAACUAAAGUUAUGGAUCCAGAACUACCCAUGACUCAAGAAAAUAAUCUACAAGCGGAAACUCCUAUGUACGUAAACAUAAAUCAACAGGAUAACAACGAAGGCACUGUCGAAACAUAUAUGAUGUGGAAUGACCAUAUCCCCACUGAAGGAUAUGCAGAUAUUAAACAAGAAGAAGAUACUGAUAACUCUCAGGGAGAUAAUACUGUAAAAGAAGCCAAAUUGGAUAUUAUUCAUUAUAAUAUUAGAAAUUAAACAUCUAUUUUUCAUUUUAUAAAUUAUUAUGAUAAGGAGUACAUUUAACUACAACUCUAAAAAGGUUUGAUAGAUUUUGGAAUACAAGCAAUUCUAUAUAAUGAACAACUUAAACUAUACAAUAACUGAUGGUUAGAUUUAAAUCAAAUUAACCAAAGGUAAUAAUGUUAAAAAAAAUUCCAAACAAAGAAUUAUUUUCUACUUGCAUAAAAGUCAUUUAUUGUUUGAUAUUCGUGAUCUUACAAUAUAUUUUAACCAUGUACUUAAGUUAGUAUUAAAUACUUUUUUUUUAAAUUAUUUUUAAUAUAAAAGGCAAUUUACAGACAUCUAAAUAUGCAUACAUUAUUGUUAUAGUUUUUGUUAAAUCUAUAAUUAUGAU